AGGUGGGGGGAUGAACAACGGCUCUGUUCAUAUAAUACACUGCAAACCGGCUGUCGGCUACAUUUUGUGUUAGAUGCUGUACUUGUCAGCUGUACGACAAUCUGUCGUGUAACAUCCAAAGAAAGUUCUAAAACUUGUACAUAACUUUUUUUUUAUACCGAAAACUUAAAUAAAACAACAGACUAAACAUGUGUGACGAAGAAGUUGCCGCACUCGUAGUUGACAAUGGCUCCGGUAUGUGCAAAGCCGGAUUUGCCGGCGAUGAUGCGCCUCGUGCCGUCUUCCCCUCGAUCGUGGGAAGGCCACGUCAUCAGGGUGUCAUGGUUGGAAUGGGACAGAAGGACUCGUAUGUCGGUGAUGAGGCCCAAUCCAAGAGAGGUAUCCUCACUUUGAAAUAUCCAAUUGAACACGGAAUUGUCACCAAUUGGGAUGAUAUGGAGAAAAUCUGGCAUCACACCUUCUAUAAUGAACUUCGAGUUGCUCCAGAGGAACAUCCAGUUCUUCUCACUGAAGCUCCUUUAAAUCCCAAAGCUAAUCGUGAAAAAAUGACUCAAAUCAUGUUUGAGACCUUCAACACACCCGCCAUGUACGUCGCCAUUCAGGCCGUACUUUCUCUCUACGCUUCCGGUCGUACCACCGGUAUUGUCCUCGACUCUGGCGAUGGUGUCUCACACACCGUACCAAUUUAUGAGGGAUACGCUCUUCCUCACGCUAUCCUCCGUCUUGACUUGGCUGGUCGUGACCUCACUGACUACCUCAUGAAAAUCCUCACCGAGAGAGGAUAUUCAUUCACAACAACCGCUGAACGUGAAAUCGUCCGUGACAUCAAAGAAAAACUCUGCUAUGUUGCUCUUGACUUCGAACAGGAAAUGGCCACCGCUGCAUCAUCCUCCAGUCUUGAGAAGAGCUACGAACUUCCUGACGGUCAAGUCAUCACCAUUGGCAACGAACGAUUCCGAUGCCCCGAGGCUCUCUUCCAGCCAUCCUUCUUGGGUAUGGAAGCUUGUGGAAUUCACGAAACCACAUACAAUUCGAUUAUGAAGUGCGAUGUUGAUAUUCGUAAAGACUUGUACGCCAACACUGUUCUUUCUGGUGGUACCACAAUGUAUCCAGGAAUCGCUGACAGAAUGCAGAAGGAAAUCACUGCCUUGGCACCAUCCACGAUGAAAAUCAAGAUCAUUGCACCACCCGAAAGGAAAUACUCCGUCUGGAUCGGAGGAUCAAUUCUCGCUUCUCUCUCCACCUUCCAACAGAUGUGGAUCUCCAAACAAGAAUACGACGAGUCAGGUCCAUCAAUCGUCCACAGGAAGUGCUUCUAAGCGUCUAGUCGCUAAUUUUUGUCGAUUUCUCACAUUUUCGACUCUUGAGAUUAUAAUAAUCAAUGUUAUUACGAUAUUAUGAAAAAGAAAAAAAGUACCAUACGAUAAAUCGAUGCAAAAAUGAUGCUCAUUAAAAAUACGAGUUUAGGAGUAUUAAAAUUAUUUGAAAAAUUUCUUCUUUUUUUUGCAUGAAAGUGUAAUGUACAGCUCUUAUAAAUGGAAAAUUUUUUUUUUUUUGACGUUUAUAAAAUGAUUGUAAUAACAAGAGACAAGCAAAUGAGUAAGAGAGCGCACAUUCCAAAAAAAAUUAACAAAAAAAAAAAAAUAUUACACUUUUGUGCAAAAGAAUCUUUUUUGUUACAACUCAAAUUUGUGAUAAGCAUCAUUUUCAUCUCGUCUUAUUGUCAAUAAUAUUUCUUGACAUUGAUUAUUAUAAUCUAAACCUCAUUUCAUGUCAUUAAUUACUGUAUCUAAAGCUUGUCGAAGAAAUACAAUAAUUAUUCUAAGGAUUAGUUUUAUAAUUUUAAUUCAAUAAAAUUGUUUUCAACGAAAAA